AUGGAGCUCCAUUUGAGGAAUCUAACCAGAGCAUUAAUUAUCAGAUUGUUGAUAGGCCAAGUCAAAGUCACCAGAGAUUAUAUACAGCCACAAUGGGUCUUUGAUUGCAUAAAUGCACGAAUUAUACUACCAACCGAAGAGUAUAUUGUUGGGAAGGUUCUUCCACCACAUUUGUCUCCAUUUGUUGACAAUGAAGUAGAAGGGUAUGUACCCGAGUAUGCAAAGACCAUUAAAAGGCAUCAAGCUGCUGCUAGAAAAGAGAUCCUCCCAAUGCCAGGUGGCGAACAAGAUGAUCUUAAUAAUGCCCAAAAUCUACUUGCUGAAGGCAUCAUUGAUCGCACUAAAGCCAAAGAAGCCGCGGAAAGAAAAAGAAAGAUGGCGAUGCUUCAAGAGGAGUAUCAUCAGGAACUAAAAAAGGAACUGGAAGGGACAACACAACAUGCACCCACUACACCUAAAGAGAGCAAGAAGAAGAAUAAGAAUGUUGAUGAUGAAGAAACGGAAGAUGAUGAAAAUCUGCAGCAGUUUGCUGAUGAUAAUGACAACAUGUCAAAGGUUGCCAUGUCACGUAAAAAGAGGAGACUUUAUGAAGCCAUGAAGAUUUCGCAAGAAAGGAAAAAGGCAAGUGUGGAUACUCUCAAGACAAGGAAGAAAAAUAUUUAAAACUCCAAGAAAACAACAUCUGACUGAAGCUGAUUUAGAGAUUCAAGGUCCUUCCCUGCGUUUUUAUAAUCAAAGCAAUGAAUUAAAUUUUGUAGGUAUAGGCUUUUUUUUACUUGUUUUUAUAACGGUGGAUUUUUUUCUCAAAAUUUGGUUUGUUUCUGGAUCUGAUGAUAUUCUUACUAAAUCACAUAUGGUAUGACAGUGAAUUU